CAUAUGAUCACAACUCAGAGUAGCCUAAGGUUGACGGUCUCAACUACUGUGAUACAACAAUUCUAUAAUAUGGAAUAUCUUUGCGCGUUAAGUUUUCUUCUCAUGGCUUUGUUUGAAAACGUUUCAACUUUGAAGUCUAAAGAUGUGUGCUUGCUCGAAAUGGAUGAGGGGCCAUGUAGGGCGGACAUUCAGCGUUACUUUUACAACAGAAGCAGUCAGCGCUGCGAAGAAUUCAGCUACGGCGGCUGCCAGGGAAACGGGAACAACUUUAAUAGUUAUGCUGAAUGUCAGAAAGCAUGCUGGAAGAUACCAAAAAUCCCUCAGAUCUGCAGGUUUCCCAUGAAUGUGGGACCGUGUCGUGCUCUUCACAAGAAAUAUUUCUUCAACAUGACCUCUAUGCAGUGCGAAAUAUUCUUUUACGGUGGCUGUGAUGGCAACGAAAACCGUUUCGACAGUAUGGAUUCCUGCUUAGAAUACUGCAAACCUCGAAAAACUUUCCCUUUGGUGUGUCUUGAUCCCCUGGACAAAGGCCGGUGCUCUGCCUCCAUACCUCGCUACUACUUUAACUCCGUCACCAAGAUGUGUAAGGAGUUUGAGUAUUCUGGUUGUGGAGGAAGCAAUAACAACUUUAUUUCAAGACAAAGUUGCAUUGAUGUCUGUGGUAAAGGUGGGAAGCCGCCUAGGAAACCUAGGAGGAGGUCUGGGUCAAGAAUUCUUAGACGUCAAUCAUAAAGGAAAACAAAUACAACACUAUAUCUGCAUCCCCUUAAGCUCUGGUUUUAUGAAGGAGCAGUCUUGCUUGCAGAAGAUGUUUUGGGAAGUUGUCACUAUAACUUAGAGCACUUACAAGACCUGAAGAGAACUAUCUGCACUGAGGGCCUGGCUCUGGUGAAAGAGGCCGAUUCGUCUCCAGUAUUGGUUGCCAGCCCAUCCAGAUAAAAUGUGCCAAUAACAAUCCAGCUAUGGUUUUCUGCUGAGCACCAACAGAAGUUUUACUGUUUAAAAUGUGAAUGUACAUAUCCUUGUUUGUACUGCUUAUUGUAUGAUACUGUUUUUAAAUCACACACAACAGGAUAAAAGGCUUCUAAUAUUUGGUAUUUUAUUGUGAUAUUUUAUUAUACAUUUUGUUGCACUUAUAUUUUCAAAGUUAUGUAUUUUUUUACUUUGUGUUUGUGUAUGUGUGAUAUAUUGACAAUGACCAUAGUGGUUUGCUUUUUUUAAAAAAUAUUUUGCCAAAUCACACUGCUGUUUGACACUCAGAGCUUCUGUCAUCACUGAAUUUAACCUGUCAAUUUAUGUGCAAAAAUAUGACCAAAUGUAACCAGGAAUCACAUUUGCAAUAAACAAAAACUCUGAAGAAACUUU